AGAGCUGUCCAGGGCUAAUCAUUGCCGUAUUUUUUCCCUCCCUCUCUCAUUCUUUGUCUGCCCCUCGCGGAAUAAUUUUUUGGCUCAAACUGAAGGGAGGAUCAACCUCUAUCUCUCCCAAGAUCAAUCCGAACAGUUAUGCAACGGUUCGCACCUUAUCGAUUAUUUGGGAUGUGUAGUCAUGCGCAUCAACUUUGCCACUAUCGAGCCAAAAGAAGAAACUACACAUCCCGGAGAGCUUAGCGGCACAUUGCUCCACUAGUUUCACACUGAAUGUAGUUCGCUCCACUUGCAAACCCGUUUAUGAUUCACUUAAUGAAUAAAUAAAGAGUUGGAUGUCAUGGCGGAAUCGGCGGCGUGCCCUGCUUUCCAGCUCGGGAGACCACGAUACGACCAGAGCUCAUUCCUUGGUCGCCUCAGACAUUUUGUAGAAAUCAUCAACCCCAGCACCCUGUUUGUGUCAGAGAAACGGUUAAAAGAAUGCAUUAGACUUCUUGAUGAUUAUAAACACGGCACGCUUCCCCCCGGAGUGUCGGACGGUCAGCUGUGGGAGGCCCAGAAGAUCAAACAGGCCAUCAUUCACCCUGACACAGGAGAGAAGAUCUUCAUGCCAUUCCGAAUGUCAGGUUAUGUACCAUUUGGAACACCGAUUGUCAUUGGCCUUCUCCUCCCAAAUCAGACAGUGGUGUCUACCAUUGUAUGGCAGUGGCUGAACCAGAGUCACAAUGCCUGUGUGAACUAUGCAAACCGCAACGCCACAAAGCCUACUCCAACAUCCAAGUUUCUUCAAGGCUAUGUGGGAGCUGUAUCGAGUGCUGUUUCCAUCGCAGUGGGACUGAACAUCCUGAUUGACAGGGCCAACAAGCUGAGCCCUGCCACCCGAAUGAUCAUUCAGAGAUUGGUCCCCUUCCCAGCGGUCGCGAGUGCAAACAUCUGCAACGUGGGUCUGAUGAGACACAAUGAGCUAUCUGAAGGUAUCGAUGUGCUGGACAACAGCGGCAACGUGGUGGGAUCCUCCAAAAUUGCUGCACGACAUGCCAUAAUGGAGACCGCCUUUACUCGCGUGGUCCUGCCGAUGCCCAUCUUCGUCCUGCCCCCCAUCAUCAUGUCCUACCUGGAGAGGCGGCCGUUUCUGCGGAGCAACCGCAGAUUGUUGCUGCCCAUCCACAGCAUCGUGUGCCUGGUUACAUUUGGCCUCUCCCUGCCUGUGGCCAUCAGCCUGUUCCCCCAGAUGUCUCAGAUCGAGGUGUCUUGUCUUGAGCCGGAAAUUGCCAUGGCAACAGAUUGCAAGGUUGUGACCUACAACAAAGGUUUAUGAUGGAUGGCGUGGUGUGGGAGAUGAGAGGCGCGAGGAGGGAACAGAGGAGCAUUGUGAGCGGCUGAUACUGAGCACCCGCUGCAGGGUUAGGGAACUAUCCGCCGCGUUAUUUCCCCUGUAGCGACCGGGUACUUUUCCAACAUUCUUUAACCUGUUUUCUACUGUUCUGAGCACCCCUGCAAUUAUCUAGUCAGAGUUGAAAAGGCACAGAUUCUUUCCUUUACAACUGUUUUUAAGAACUCUUUAAUAAUAUCUUUUUUAGCAUCAGCAGUUAUCUAACUGAUAUAUGUGCCGUAUACUGUAGUGUUCUCAGAGACAGCACCGUGAAUUGAGGUUGUGUUUUUGACGACCUAAUUAGUACAGGUCCAAUAUUUAGUCUUUUCGGUCUCCACCCUCUUUCGGAAACUUGAACUAAAUGUGCCAAAAUGGUCUCCAACUACUCCUCUACGUGGUCUCUCCAUGGUUGUCUACAGGUAGCGUAUCAGAGAUAUUUGGUUGUAAACAGCUGUACUUGAACCAAAACAAAAGAAAAGGAAAAAAACAUUCGGGUGAAAGAAGGCAUGAAGUCAAGGUAUCUGCUGCAUCACCUGAUUAAUCAUGACAGAUAACUCUAAACACAGCUGUUCAGGCUAUCCCAAUGGCUUUACAUUUUGAAACUUAACUUCUAAUUUUGGGUGGAAGACGGUGGCAAGGUCUUCUAUUUAUUUUAUUUUUAAUAUGUUUAUGGUGUGCCACCUUUUCUUUUCUGAGAAUGUCUAAACGCACAUAAUGUAACUCAAGGAGAAAAAAAAUUACAUAUUAUAAACUAAAUAGAAUUUUCUAUUACUGAUAUUAAACUGUUGAUUGACUUAUAAAGAUUAUUAGAAAUGACAGAGAUUUUUAAUGAUAAAGAUCUGUUCUGUGUAUAUGUCAGACGUACUGGAAAAAGAUGAGACCAGAUGAGAAAGCUGGCAUGGAAAAUGGUAAAGAAAGGAUACAGUGAGGUAUGAAAAGACAUUGACAGUCAUAGAAAGUUUGAGGGCGGAAGUUUAAGUGUUUCUGACAUGUUUGAAACACUGCUGUAAAUACCCUCCAGAACACACGCCGAAAAACUAAUCUCUAAUCAGGUGCUUUAACAGAAACUGGAAAAUAACAACAGCUGUACAACAAUGUGAAUCAUCUCUGCCAGGGGUCACUGGGAACACAUAGAGAUUUUACCGCAAAUGUGUACUGCACAGUGCACUUUUUAAAGCUGAUCACAUCAGAUCUUUUAACCCACAUAAUGUGAAAAACCGCAGGGAUUAACCUUUUUUCUUAAAUUUUCUGUCUUAACUUGCAUAGGGAAUACUUUCCUGCCCUCCUGACUGUUGUAAAUCACAACUGUAUAUCUACAUAUUUGUCUUUAAACAAUGAUUAUACUGCUGCAAGUUUGUUAAAUGUUUGCUAGCGAGACAAUGUAAAACAUCUAUAUAUAUUAUUUUACAAUAUACACAUAUAUAAUAAAAAAUCUUUCACUCUAUGUGAGGCGGGUCUGCUCUUUAAUUCAGAUGUUGAGUGUUAGUAUGAUUUGUUUAUCUUUGGUUAACUCCUUUGCAACACAUUCAAAAAUUUAAUCCAUAUAAUAGAUAUCAAUUUAUUGAUUCAUCAUUUGCUCUUGAUUUUUGGAUAUGAAGCAUUUCAC